AGACACACUUUGGAUAUAGGAAACCCUCAGCAGAAGCAUCGAGUAGCUUUUGGAAAACUGGUUAGACUCUCAGAAACAAAUCAGAGAUCUCCUCAGAGAUAGGUCCUGCCACCACGAUGGUUCCAGCUCAUGAGCUUUGAUGACGCUACAUCAUGUACAGUGUGGAAGAUCUCCUGAUUUCUCAUGGAUACAAACCAUCCCGAGACCCCCCAGCACCACGUGAAGACAUUCCCGAGGGACGCCGGCCAACGAGGACAAAGACCCGAGCUGGCCAAGGCCUGUUGAAUGGGUACGAGGAUGGCUCUGCAGCCCGUGCCCACAGAGGGACAUCCCUGGGAACAGGACACGUGAACAACUCUGAGAGCCGCCACAGCAAGCCCAGAGGCCACAGGGAGCGCCAGCGCACUCCUACUUCUGAGGCGGGGAUUUUUAAUCAGCCUGCCUUAGCAUGGUCCUCUCAGCCUCAGACUGGUAGUGACCACGCCUGUUGGAGAAGAGGAAGGCAAGAGGCUAGUGACUUGCUGUGUCCUGGGGACCGGGAAGACCUGGAAGUCAGGAGGAUGGCACAAACCCACAGUCUGCCCAUCCACAUAAGGAAGGACCCAUGGGAAGUCACAGGAAGGACAGAGCAUGUGAUGAAGAAGGUUGUGUGGGAAGAAGAGAUGAGGAUGCCGGCUCCUGCCAAGUGGCAGCAUGUGAGCUUGGAAAGCUGGAAGCAGCCAAAGAAGUUAGGGAGGCAGAUGUCCGAUGGUGACGCAGAGAAGGUGUUUCAGGAUCUGUACCCAUUUGUUCCAGGAGAGCACAUGCUAGCUUCUCAUAGCAAAAAGAAGUCCCAGUCCUUGCCUCGGGUUCUUUCCCCCGAGAGCUUGAAUUUCACAGAAAUUCCCAUUCUGCUACAUGAUGGCAACUUCCCAGGUAUCCCAAAAGUACCACCAUACCCUCCCAGCUGCCCACCACCUUUAGAACCCACGAGGAACCCUGAGAAGGCUGGCUCUUCAGGCCCUUUUCCCAGGCCUAAGUUCGGGAAACCCCUUAAGCCUCCAUCUUAUGGCUCCCACCCACAGUCUAGGAGUGGCGAAGAUGGUAGCUUUCAGGAUCGCCAGCACACAGAGUCACACAGUUCCUACCUGACCAGAAGUCAUGAUCCCAGACACGAGUUGGGUGUCUUGGACUCUGGCUUGGAGCCUCCAGUGUAUGUGCCUCCACCUUCAUACAGGUCACCCCCCCAGCACAUUCCAAACCCUUACUUGGAAGACCCUGUGCCCAGUCAUGUCAACAGCCAGGGUCCACAGCAGCUUCUACCCGAGACACCUGGGGCCAGCUCUCCACUUCCUUCUGGCUCCCUUGCGACCAGCCACUUGGAUGCAGUGCUAGGCUCCCCACCAAGAGGGGUCCCUCCACACCCCCUUUCUGCAGCUGCCACUGGGGGUUCUGUUCAGUACAUCCCCUUUGAUGACCCCCGAAUCCGACAUAUCAAACUAGCUCAGCCCCCAGACUUGUAUGAAGAGGCAAAGCUUGAUGACAGAGCCUAUAGCUCUGGUCCCAUCACUACCCAGCAGCUAGCUCAUGGGAAAAGGCAGUGUGAUAAUGCCCUUUCACCACCCCAGGGCCUGAUAUCCCAGUCAGGCAAUGAGAGGGGCCGAGCCCUUGCUGAUUCCAGCCCCAGGUGGUUACAUGGCCCCAUGGACAUUGAACAUGGAAGCUUCUCUGGCCAUACUGACCAACCUGUUGUCAGAGGACCGCCGACUGAUAUUAGAGACAGUCACCUUAACCAGGUAGGCCACACCCCUUUCCCAUACCCACAGAGCGAGAGUACCUGUCACACCCACACCAAGCUCAGAAAGUUUGAAACUGGGAUUCAGAGCAAGAAAAGUUCGAAGAAAAAAAAUGAGACUAUAUUUUGUUUGGUUUCCAUCCCAGUUAAAUCUGACUCACAUCUGCCAGAUACGGAUAGGAACAACAAUGACUUGAAACCGAGCACUGAUAAGAUGCAUGGCCCGGGUAAGAGCACAGCAUUGGAAGAACAGAGUCUGCUGAGCAUGUCUUCCACCGACCUGGAGCUACAGGCCCUCAUGGGAAACAUGGCUUGGAGAAGAGAAUUCCCAAAGCAAGAUCUGGAAGAACCAGAAGACGAACUAACAAAUAACCUCAGAUUCAUCCACCUCACCAAACCUAGGGCGCUCCAGUCCUCUGGCUCAUGGCCCAGCCAGCAGUACAGAGAUCAGCAGACACAAACCAGCCUCCCUGAAGACUCGACAAGUUCGCAGCUCCUCCCUGCCACAAAACCAGGAGGGCGCAGCAAUGCAGGCUUGACCCCAAAAUGUCCAGACUCCACCACCUCCAAAGCUCACAUGCAUACAGCCUUAGCAUCCAGUGACCAAAAACAGAAGCCCAGUGUACCUCACCUCAGAGGUCAAAUGUCCCUCAGCCCAUCUCACAAUAGUGCUUUCUCAAGGACUUCUUCAGCCAUAAACCAGGCACCUGUGCCAAAAGGAGGCUCAGCUAAGUCUGGCGUGGAUGUUUCUGGACAUGGGGCCAGUCCUGAGCCCAAGCCAGAGGUGGUGAAGGGGGAGCCUACAGCAGGCCUAUGCAACAGCACACAGCUGUUUGGUCAGUUUCUCUUGAAACCUGUUAGCCGCAGGCCCUGGGAUCUGAUAAGUCAAUUAGAAAGUUUUAACAAGGAGCUUCAAGAAGAGGAAGAAAGCCAUGAUGCGAGGGGCGGUGGCAGCAGUGAAGACAGUGGGGAAGAGCGGCAGCAGGACUGUGCAGACUCCAGGCCCAGCGCCUGGGGCUGUGGUGAAACCAGCCAGGGACGGAGAGUAGAGCAGCACUCAACAGCACAGGUGCCAGAGGACCCAGGGCUGCAGACCAGAAGACCUAGAAGCAUGUCAGAGUGUUGGCAUGAGGAACCAAAACCUGGCCACACAUGUGCCAGUCCUGGAUCCCCUGGCUACCCACAGGCAGAGGACCGCAGAGGCAAUCCUGUCCAGCAUGCAGAUGGAAGCCAGAUGGCAGAGCAGCAAAGCCAGGAGGUUGUAAAUGGGGUGUGUGAGCGAGCUGUCAGCCCAGGUCUUCUGAACAGGAAGGUGUCCUCUAGACCAAGUGACACAAAAGCAGUGCCCCCAUCCUAUCUGAAGGAACUGAAGGAAAGUGAAAAACUCAACAAACUCAGUGAUGCUUUAGGGUCUGUGCAGCUGGGUGGAGAGAUGCCUCCAAAGGUGGACAAUGGGGAGGAGAGGGACACAGAGGUCCCACUGUCCCUUGUUAACAAAUAUCAAGGCCUCUCAGUGCCAGAUUUGAGGUCUUUGUGGCUCACACUGGGACAAGAGCAGAGGGCCUUUAAGUCAGACGAGCCUCUGGGUGUAGUGAGUGUGAUGGAAGUCCCCCCAAAUGAGUCCCUGCAGGAGAGAGCAGAAAGGAUCCUGGGCAUUGAGGUGGCUGUGGAGUCCCUCCUUCCAGGUGCCAGGAGAGGGGGACAGAGCCAGCAUCCUGAACCCAAUGCAAGUGCCUGUAGCCCAGAGUCCCCCAGGAAGGACUCAUCACCCAGCUCAAUACCCUCAGGUGGCCCCUCAGUGACCACCAAUACCUUCUAUGGCAGGAGAAAGUGUGGCUGGACUGAGAGUCCCCUCUUUGUAGGAGAAAGGGCCCCCCAGGCUCCCAUGUGCUCAGGCAAGGAUGGGUUCCCUGUCAGCCAGGCCACCAGCCCUGAGUCUCUGCUCAGCCCCUCAGAGCCCAAGUCUUUUGAGGAGAAGGAUGAGGAGACAAAACCACCUGUCAAGUCUACUCUGUUCCAUUUCACGGAAAAGACCCCAUGUGUGAUGGGCUCAGAGAAAAGGCUCAGAAGCCCUUCCAAAGUGAUUGAGAGUUUACAAGAGAAGCUGGUAUCCCCCCCGAGGAAGGCAGACCCAGACCGCUUGAAAAGGAUGUGGGAGGUGAGCACCCUGUCUCGGAUGAGGUGUCUGAGUGCUGCCAGAAGUGCGGACUCCAUGGUGGAGCUGGAGCAUCUAAAGGCUUCCAGGGGCCAGGCCUGCCAGCCAGGAGCCCUUGUGUCCUUGAGCAGUGAGGACCAGGCAUGGUGGACAGGACACUCGCCCUCUAUCUCUCAGGACAUCACUUCUCCAGAAGAAAAUGGGCACCCUGAAACCCCAAAGGAGAAGACAGUGGAUCAGGACUUCUGGUGCCCAGAUUCAUAUGAUCCCAGCCGAGUGGAGCGGGUGUGAUGGAUGCUGGUGAGCCCCCACCACCUUUGCCAAUGGGGUGUUCUCUGGUCAAUCCUCCUCUCUGGCCCUGGCAGAAGCUAGAAGCUGGUGGUUUUCAGUAUGCUGAUUCCUCCUUUGCCACCAGUAGGAAACUUACCGUCCCUCCAGAAUUGCUUGUGGAGAUAAAGCAAUAGUCUGCUGAAACCAUCUGUUUUUAUAGCAUGAAUAUCUAAUGCCCAUAUUUAGAAGAAUUUCCACAUAAAUUCCUCUUCAUGGUGGAUUAGGCCAAGCUGAUAAAUAUUUCCAUUUUAAUCUGGUUUUUAUGUGAAUUUUAAAUAUGGAAGAUGGGUAGAUUUUGAUGGGGCAGUGAUACCAUCCAUUCCCUGUUGCAUCUCCCCCUGGGCCCAUGCUCAUGUUUGGGAGUGUGGUCUAGGCCUCUGCCUGGUUUUGGGCCCUUGCAGUUUAAGGGAAAUGUGAAUGAAUAUAUGUGUCACUUUCUAUCAACUUGGCCUUCCACUGCUGGGAGUAACUUAUAAGUAACUUGUCAUCAGAAAAUCAAAGCAAUAUCUUCAUGUUCCUAGAAGGUAACAUUCGUACUGUAAUAUACUAAAGAGAUGAUUUAUCUGGCAUUGAAGUACUCUGCAAAUGUGCCACUGUCUGCUUUGCACUCAGUAUUACCUAGGUUUUAUUUUCUCUGUGGAUGUUUAGAAAUUCUUUAUAUGAAAGAUAAUUCCUGGUUUAAAAUAGACCAUGUUAACAAAGUAACUAUAUUUCUUUUUAUAAAAUUGCUAUUUUUCUAUGAUGUAAACAAUUCUUAGGUGGCAGAUUUUUAAGGAAGUACUAUUUUAUUUAAAAGUCUAUCCCUGUGUGUGAGAAAGACCCAAGAGGGCCCUCCCUGGCUUUAAAGCCUUUUUCCCUAACUGGUACUCAACUCAGCCCUUUUAACCCAUUUCACAAAGCAUCAAUGUAGACCAACCACAGGUUCAUUAACUUUCACAAAGAUUUUUUUUUCUACAAAUGAAGCGAUAAGGUUAUAUAUGAAAACAACCCUCUCAAAAUCAGCCAGCAUAUCCAUGGUUAUUUUGUGGCCAUGUCAACUAGAAUUAACCAAAAACCAUAGUUUCAUUUUUGUACAGUGGGGAUCUGCUCCCCCCCAAGAAACUUCCCUCCUGCAAAAGCUCCUUUAAAGAAAGAAAUAUUUUUUUCUAGAAUGAUCCUGAAUUCAUCUUGCAUAUUUUUAAAAAUGCUUGGAAACAGUAUAUAUAUGGCAUUAUACAUGUGUGUAGAUUCCAUUACAUACAUAUUAUGAGGCCUCUGCAUUCUGCUGUAUUGAAUAUUGCAUUAGCCUGCACAGUUUAUGCAUUUUUAGGCAUUUGGCCCUCCUUUCUGAGUACAGUAUUGCUGUUAGCUGACAUUUUCUAAACGGCUUCUUCCCUUCUUCCCUUCCUCCCUGCCCCUCCCUUCUCUUCUUUCCCCUCUUACUGUUUUUCCUUCUCUUGCUGUAUUAAUUUUUUUGAGAGCUUUAACUAAUCUAUCUUCAGACUUGUCAGAUGCCUCCAGUGUGAACCCAUGACUGCUCUGUCCUUUGCCCCUAAGCUAAUGAACUGGGCUUUCACGGCCCCUUCACACCUAUACCAUAUGGCUUUAUUUCCCCUAACUCACAUAUUUUGACUGGACUAAAAAGAAUCCAAGUAGUCCUGGCAUAGUCUCAAGCGCACACACCUGCAAUCUUGGUUCACACCUGUUCCUCCCACCCAUCUUCAUCCAAAGCUUGGGUAAGGGUAUGGGCUGCAGGUCACUGGGGCUAGUCGGUGCUUGCUUAUGAUGUUGAAUUGUCUGCUAGGACUAAGUGAAGGCUGAUCCACUUGCUGGGCUCUGUGGAGCUUUACUUCCCUCUGUAAAAGAAAAUGAAAGAGGCUGUAUGCAUGUGAACACAUGCACACACCAGUGCGUGCCUGUGGACCUGUGUGUGCCUUGGCUCUGUGCUGAAUUCCUCUCAGAUAACUUGAUACCAUCUAAAGCUUCUUUAGUAAAAAGAAUUAAAAUUCAGCUUAUUAAGGAAAAAAGGACACUGGAGAAAAAAAAAUAUUGUGCCUUACGUGUCUCAGUCUGAAACAGUGUUCUUUUUGUCUCGUUCUGAAUCACAUCGCACCUUCCUGCAGCGAUUCGGUCAAAAUAACAGAUAUUUAUGCUCUAAACCUAACUUUUCUGGAUUCAAGCCUGUACAUAAAUCUUUUAGAAGGAAAUGGUGACCUUAACAUUAGUAACUUGAAAAUUCAGUUCCUUAACUUUUUCAUACUCUGAGGUAGUAUGUAUCUGAUCGUUUCCCAAGGUUUUGAGUUUAAUACUAAUUGUCUUUCCUCAUGGCUGCUUCUCACAUGCCCACAACUGUUGCUAAAAAAAGUUUCCAUAAUUCUGUGUUUGCCAUUGUUUUGGUUUUUUUUUUCUCAUUAUACAUGAUAUUGGUGUUUAAUAAUUUGGAACUUGUAAAAUUAAAAGUUCCAAUUUUGAGCAUUUGAACUAAAAAUUGUUCAAGGAAAUGUACAGGAAGAGUACUUGUUUUGUUUCUGGACUUGCACAAGGAAUGGGGAAAUGGUGGUCACUGACUCCAGCUGCCUCUCUGAGGAAAAUUUCUGAAAACCAAGGGUCUGUUACUAUUUUCAACCUUAUGUUUCUGUAAGCGCCCCCAAACUGUCUAAAGUUACCUUCAGAAUUAUUACGGUAAUUAUAACUACUUGGAUUUCCUUUAUUAAAAGCCCCUGAAUGCA